CACACACACACACACACACACAAUGACCUCACAACCUUCCUCUGUUCCGUCCACCGACAUCAACACAAGUGCCGCCCCUGGCGGCCUUGGUGUGCACGAGUGGGCGUGUGUUGCACAGCACUUGCUCGCACAGCAGUUUGCACGAAUCAACCAGGAUCGCGAAGGCUUUGAUGACGGUGAGGGCUACUGUGUGGGCCGGGCUCUUCAGGAAGAUGACGUGGACGCCGACUUGUUGUCCGCGCGAGAACGCGAUGGAGCGCGCGCCGUCCUCAACCUCAUGUUGUCGUGCCGCACGCUCUACAACGAACUUCCCUGGGCGCUUCCCAAGUGGUAUCUGGCACACCUUGUGCGCACAGACAUGCUGGGCCAACGGCACACGUGCUACGUCUCCGGCGCGUGGCUGGACACGUUCCAGUGGGAGGAAGAAGAACCGCAGCAGGAAGAACAAGAAGAAGAAGGAGGGGAAGAAAAUGAUGGAGGCAAGGACUCUGACAACCGCAGAGAAGACGACAAAGGCACAAAGGGCAGCACCGGCGAUCCGCUUGCUUGUGAUGGCGCCUGUGGACUGGCAGAUCCCCGUGCUGCCACGCACUCAAUCAGUGCCCCACCCAGCCGCAACAGCAGCAGCAGCAGCAUGCAUGCGUGGCUGGAAGAUCGCUUCCUCGUGCAUUCCUGGCUGGGCGCCACGUGGGUGAGCACGUGCCAGUUCCUGGCCUUUAGCCCGCGCACACCCAAGUUCAUGCAGGCGUUUGGCCGCUACGGCCGCAUCACUUUCCGGGGCCUCUCAACGGCCGACAUUUUCCUUUGGACCGACGGCACGGCACAGCUACCGCGGCCGCAGCAUGGCGAUGAGAAUGGUGAUGGCAAUGGCGAUGGCCAGCUGGGCGAGGGUGACAACGGCCUUGGUGAUUGCGGCACCCCUGCCAACAACGGUGACGAGCGAACCGAGGAGGAACCACUGCAAACGUUUCGGCACAAGAACCCAGCCAUGCGCCCCGCCCUGUUCAUGGCGCAAGCAGGGGUUGAGGACCAGGCCUCCCUCAACGAGGUCAUGCGCCGCAUCGAGACACUGCAAGAACAACACAAGUGCACGUGCGACCGCCUGUUCCUGUGCACGCACGGCCCACUGGAUCAUGUGCGUGUGCGCGAUGCUCGGCAUGUCCACAUCGAAUGUGCAGAUGACGCCGUCAUCGACAGCGUUGAGCUGCACAACGUGGUCGAAUUGCACUGGCACCUUGCUGCCGACCAGCGCUACCUCAGGGGCACCCUGGACAACGUGCGCAAGGUGAAGGUGUUUGGCGACGAGGAGCAGUCCAUCAGCGACAUCAACGCCCUCGCCAACGUGUCCGAUGUCACGCUCAUGCGCCUUGACAACGUGUCGGCUGGCCCCCUGGCGCACGCGCGGCGGGUUGUUCUGUAUCAGGUGGAGCUUGCGUCCGGUGCCGUCUGUCUCCAGGACGUGGACCAUCUCGAACUGCACAGAUGCCAGGGCAUUGACAGCGACUUCACAUGCAAUGCACGCGCGUUCAAGCUGGAUGGCGGGAUGCAGUUGAACAUUAAGCUGCCACACGCCACGCGCGUGCACCUCUCCAACACGGACACCACCCACCUUGACCUCGGCUUUGAGGCUCUCGACGUCUUGGCGCUGCACCGCUGCGAUCAGUUGCAGACAUUGCCUGCGUUUGGGCGAGUUGACGUCCUCAGCCUGUCUUUCGUGACAGGGCUGGACGCUGCCCUCUUGCGCAGCCUCAACGGACGCGUUCGCACGCUCAUCAUCAACGCGGCUCACGACCCGACGUUCGAUUUGUCGCUGCUGGAGAACGUAAGCGCUGACGUGCGCGUGGAGGUGGCUGCGGACGGCUGCAACAUUCGCCGGCCGCUUCCCGCGUGCGUGCAGGCAGUCAACGUCGACACCCUGAGUGCACAGCACGUGCCCGACGUUGCAGUCGCCAGCCGCCUUCAAGUGGCCUUUGAAACUGCCCACAACAAGCUCGCCCAGCCAACCAUGGCACUGCUGUGCAACCACGAACACGUGCAGAUGUACGGGUGCGCCAUGGAGGGUCAAGUACACGGUGUUGGUCAACUCGGGCUUUGCGGGUGUGAGGGUGCAGUUUCCGUUCAAGGCGCUGACUUUGUCAAGGUGGACGAAGGCGCCCUGACGCUGACGCUGGCAGAUGUGCGACGCGCGCGUUUGAUCGCGAUUGAGCACGUGCGCGUGCCAUCCACCAGCAACGUGACGACGUGUGUGCUGGACGGAUGUCAGAUUGAAGACUGGAGCGGCUUUGCUGGCGUGCGCCGCCUGAUUGUGAACGCGUGCGUGUUUGACAACGUCGACACACUGCCGCUCACCGCUGCGCCGUUUACCUUUCAGAUGCGCGGUGAGUGUAAGACCAUCACCACGAACAAGGUGUGGCCUGAAUUCACAGUCAUCUUCCAAGAAGGCGAUGACGCAGACGAUGUCAGGCGCGAGCUUAACGAGAGCGCAGUCGACGACGAGGAGGGCGAUGUGCACGACGGGGAGGAGGAGGAGGAGGGGAAUGGGGAAGGGAGGUUGGUUUAUGUUGACGACGAUGAUGAGCGUGUGGAGGAAUGAGUAUGCGCUU